AUGGUUUCGUAUGUAGUAUCGCGAGUUAUCAUGUGAGUAUACUGGCGCGGCAAUUUCGAUAUUAUUUCCCUUCAAAAUAAAUGACAAUUUUGUUUCGUUCGUUUCUUACAGGCUCGUUUUCGGAACCCUGUAUCCCGCUUAUUCAUCGUACAAGGCUAUGAAGACGAAGAAUGUCCGAGAAUACGUAAGUGUUUUCUUUCUUUUCCUCCAAGAUUUGGAUGGAAUANGCAAUUUCGAUAUUAUUUCCCUUCAAAAUAAAUGACAAUUUUGUUUCGUUCGUUUCUUACAGGCUCGUUUUCGGAACCCUGUAUCCCGCUUAUUCAUCGUACAAGGCUAUGAAGACGAAGAAUGUCCGAGAAUACGUAAGUGUUUUCUUUCUUUUCCUCCAAGAUUUGGAUGGAAUAUCGUUCGAUCGAUAAAAUCUUUUUGUUUGAUAUGCUUCUUGGCUUGAGAUCUAUCCAAGUAUUUUCUGUUCACUUUUUGAAAAGCUACUGAGAACACAAGAUUUAAGUUUAGGCGAAUGUUUUUUCGUCAGUCUUAAUUUGCAUCUCAGCUCAAGAUUGAGUGGCGUUCGGUAAUAGUUCAAGUGUUGAUGGUUGAUAUGAUACCAGCAAAACAUGCCGGAAAGUACACUUGUGUUUUCAAUCUAGCUUGUUAACUGAGUUACUAAUCUAGCAGCUGAAAAUCGCCUUUCUUCUUAAUACGCAAGUAUAUCUUCAGGUACAACGAUCCUGCCAACUCGACCUCGCUUCUACAUGUACCUUUUUCAAUCGCAUGUUUUAAAUCUGUUCGUAUUGCGAGCUCUGUGAACAUGUUUAUAAAUUUGGGUUCACUGACCGAGUUAAAUGCAAGUCUAAGCUUAUUCAUGCAGAAAUCUUUAAAUCUGUCGAAAUUUGUUAUACGUUAACUGUAUCUUUAAUCAAGGAGGAUGAUGGAGUUCGACAGCCAGGUUUUCCUUUUUCGUAAGUAAGUUAACGGGAUAUUCAAAUUAUAUUUUCUUUUACACGCUCCAACGUACGUGCAAAUAUUUUUAUUAUCAAAGCCUGUUUUCCUGUUAGGCUAAAAACUGAACUUUUUUUGAGUUAGAGGUCUCAGUUUUUUUUUUUGCCUUAAAAUCAACAGAUGCAAGGCUAAUAAAAAUAAUCAAUUUCCAGCUGUAACAGACACUUUACUCAAUUAGUUGUACCUUUCAUCUUAGGCAAUUUCAAUUUAUUAUUUUCCAGUUACAAGUUUGUACCAUAAUGUGUUAAUUGAAGGCUGUCGUUACCAUAUUUAUUCUAAAACGUGCUGUUUGUGUUGUCGAAAAUUAUGGCCAGGAGGUUACAUUGUUGCAGAUUUUAGCUCUGAAAAAAUUUUAUAUCUACGUGGGCAAGCUGCAUAAUUUGGAAGCCAUGGUGCAACAUGGAAUCAUCUAACAGUGCAUUAUGUUUGUUUGUACAAGAAUUUGCAUAUCACAGACUUUGCCCUUUUUGCUUCAAUCAACUUCCCUACCAAAGGAAUAUUUGAAUGAAUAAAAAGCCUUCCACAACAUAGCAUUUACAAAGUAUAGAACAGACAAGAACUAACAGGUUUUUUCUAGGUUCUUACUGAUCUUCCGAAUGUCAUUAUGACUUGCAAACAGCAAUAUUGAUUGAGGAUUCAAAUUCCUUAGUCUCAUCCUUCUCUGGAUGUGUACAUAAAGGAUUAACAGUGUUUUUGUGUGUACUUGUGCAAUUAAUUCUAGCCAGCAUUUAUCUACCUGCUAGCUGCUUAGCUAACCUUCAUCUAUCAUGAAGCGAUCUAAAACAGAUUUUGGUCAAGGGUUUAAAUAAAUUAGCUGAGGAAUUCAUGACAUGACAUCUCUAGUCAGGAUGAUAACUUUAAACCUAACAAAGUUAUAUUUGCUUAAUGUUUUGUAACAAAAGUUUUCUGAACAUUACAGCUAGUCCAUUGGUUUCUACUCUAAUGCUGGUUUUAUGCUCUUGAGACCCUUUUACUGCUUGAAGAAACCAAAACUUCAGCCCUUUGACUACUCUUUUUGCUGCUUGAGUGAUUUUGAAACAUUACUUUUAAUUUAGACUAGGAGGUAAAUUAAUGUUUGCGGUGGAAACAAAACAUGGGCAAAAAACUUCCCAAAUAAAAAAAAGAGGAAAUGUGUGCUCACAAAAUUGUAUUCUGAGAGAGCAAGUUUUAUCACUUGCAAGUAGCUUGUGUCACUGAAAUUUGAUCUGAGUCACUUACCUUAAAAUGUUCUUGAUUUUUCUAGUUUUCAAUAUUAUGAGAUACAAAAAACUAAUUAAAGCAAAGGUGUACAUGUUUGCUGGGUCUACAUGUUAAUAUAUUACUAUGUACUAAAAACGUGAUGUCCAAGUAAGUCAGAAUUGAAAGGUUGAAGUGAAGAUAAGAGAAGUGACUGUUCUGCCAUAAACGAGUGCUACCUGCUGACCAGACUCUUGUGUGUUUUAUUAAUUUUUUGCAAAUAAUUUUCUAACUAGAAAUAUGUGUAUUACAGAACUUCACUAAGGAGGAGGAGGGAGGCUGGUAAAAUGUCUGGGAUGGGAAGGCAGGAGAGCCAACAGAGUAAAUUCUGUAGGGGGUGUCAACAGCGGCUCUGAUAUUGGAAUCUGAGAUAUACUUAAUCUCCUAUUGGUUAACAUGAUUUAACAUGGCUUUAAAAAAAGUCCUUCAUGAUAGUUCACCAGAAGUCGAAUGUUGUUUUGGGAACACAAAAUGUUCCAUGAUAUCAGACUUGUUGAUGUCAAGGCAGAAACUAUGAGAUAUGUUGAUUUUUACAGAGUGUAUAUAUGGGCCACCGAAGUUUGCAGUCCGCUAUGACCCGCACACUGCAUGCAUGUGCAACCUUUGAUAUGCAAGGAAUUAAGUUGAGCUGAGUUGGCCCAUUCACCAGUAGACUUUGACAAGGUCCUUCAUGGACAUGCAGUUUUCUUGUCACAUGUAAAGGAUUUCUCUCGUUCACAGCAUGCCAAUGUUAGUGACCCAAAAAUGGUUGCUAAUAAUUAUUGUAGCCUUAGCCAAUCACAUUCAGUGAUGCUAACAAAUAAAUUCACAAUUUUUAAAUUCACAUUUAAAAAGGAAAAAAAGCAACUUCAGUUUAUUCUUUUUAUCUACAAUAUGAUGAUUGGAUGAUCUUAGAAGUAUGGAGAAAAUUACGUGAGAAAAUGCUUUUCAAUAAAAGAAAAAAAACCCCGCAGUUUACAGUAAAUUUUACCUCAGGUUAGUGCUAAUCAGCCUUCGAACGACUGGGCCCUGGAGCUUCAAAAACCCAAAAUGGUUUUGGUAGCUGCUAUAGACAUAUACUAGAAUGGUUAAUAAUCUAUUCUUGCCCACGGGCAAAUUGUGAUGAUAAUGCACUAGCUCUAUGGCUGUUCUGCUAACACUGGGCUGCAGGACACUGAGUAACUUGUCUAACUGCAUUCUAAGUGAUUUAUGAAAUCUACUCCAUGUAUAGUGACCAUAAAAAUAUUGUCUGAUUUUAAGAGUACGAGGAGUAAGUAAGAGCCAUUUAAUUUUACCCAUGCAGGAUGAAGUGGUUAACAUUCAUUUGAUGGACUUUUUGAACUUAAAUAUUUUGUUUCUUUUUAUUUCCAGGUUAGAUGGAUGAUGUACUGGAUAGUUUUUGCCCUUUUUAUUACUGUAGAACUCUUUGCUGAUCUUCUACUAGCAUUUUGGUGAGUUCACAAGUUUUAAAUAAUACUUUGACAGGGCAGGGCUUUCCUAAAAACUGCCAUGAAAUUCUACAUCCUAAACUGGUUAUUACAAAAAUUAUCUUCUGUACAGUAGUGAUUGGAUUCAACUUGUUGGAUCGAUCCCUACAAUGUAUAUGGUUCAUGUAGUGUUCUCUUCGAACAGAGGUUAUUUUUCCACAGUUUAAACGUGGUCUGAAAUAAAGCUGAGAGGCUGACUCAUCCAAAGAAAGCAGAUUUUUGGAUCGCCCCCCAUCACUGCAACUUGUAGAACACUUUCAGUUAAAUGUUUUAAAUAAUUCUCUGCAGACAAAGUAAUAUCUAUUGCUUUUUAAUAUGUACUUUAUGUUUUUAUUAAUUUUUGCAUUGGUUACUAAUUCUCUGCAGACAAAGUAAUAUCUAUUGCUUUUUAAUAUGUACUUUAUGUUUUUAUUAAUUUUUGCAGUGGUUACUAAUACACCUUAGAGUUUAUUGCUAGAAUUUUGUUUUGAUUUUUUUGAAGGGUUCAUUCUUAGGCUUGAUAAUAUUAUUCGUAUUACUUUCAGGUUUCCUUUUUAUUAUGAACUCAAGAUAAUAUUCAUGCUUUGGCUUUUGUUGCCAGCAACAAAGGUAAUCAAAUUUGUUUUGAUAAUUUCUUGAAUUAUGAAAGGUAUUAGAUUUGAUCCAUCAUGCAGGAACAUGUGCUGGGAAAAGUGUAUAAUCUUGCAGGCUAAUUAAAACUUCUCUUUCCCUAUUUUUGUUAUUUUUUGUCUCAAAUAGGUACUUAUCUCUACUAUAUGCUUUUGUUUGAUUCAAGUCAACUCUUUGACAUAACUACAGUCAAACCUCCUGGUUUAACCACUUCUCAUAAGCAACCACCUAUCCAAAACACCAAAUAUUUUCCCGGUCAGAUGCUUAUAGUUGAAACCUCCAGUAAAUGGCCACUUUUUGUAAGCAACCAAUUGGCCCACUUUUUAUGAUGACAGUUUUAGAAUUUUCCAUUUUUUUUACCUCUUCAAAGCGACCACCAGCUGGUAAAAUGGUCUCAUCUCUGUGUUUACUACAUGUACUACACUUCUCAUAGUAUGAGAAAAAAUCGCCUGUCUUUUUAACAAAUUUUUACCAUAAUUUUAACUUUAGGGAUCAAGCAUUUUGUACCGCAAAUUUGUCCAUCCAUGGCUAUCAAAGAAUGAGAAGGUAUAAAUUUCAGAUAAGAUUAUUGUGAUAUGAGAUAAGAUUAUUAUAAUAUUUUUAAUUGUGAUUUAUUGUCUUUUUUGGCUUUGGCCAUUGUUUAGUAUGGAGUGACUGUUCUGCAUGGUUUUUUCCCGAUCAAAAAUU